AUGAACGAGAAGUUUGUCAACAAGAGUUUCACUAUACAGGCACUGGAAGUAGCAGCUUCCUUUCUUCCAAUGGCGCACCAAUGCCUGAGUGCCCCUGAGCACCGCUGGUUCAGGCCCCGUCACACCCCUCAAAGACACACGCUGGUUCAGGCCCCGUCACACCCCUCAAAGACACAUGCUGGUUCAGGCCCCGUCACACCCCUCAAAGACACACGCUGGUUCAGGCCCCGUCACACCCCUCAAAGACACACGCUGGUUCAGGCCCCGUCACACCCCUCAAAGACACACGCUGGUUCAGGCCCCGUCACACCCCUCAAAGACACACGCUGGUUCAGGCCCCGUCACACCCCUCAAAGACACACGCUGGUUCAGGCCCCGUCACACCCCUCAAAGACACACGCUGGUUCAGGCCCCGUCACACCCCUCAGAGACACACGCUGGUUCAGGCCCCGUCACACCCCUCAAAGACACACGCUGGUUCAGGCCCCGUCACACCCCUCAGAGACACACGCUGGUUCAGGCCCCGUCACACCCCUCAGAGACACACGGCCCCGUCACACCCCUCAGAGACACACGGCCCCGUCACCCCUCACCACUGCGUGCACCUCACCCAUGCAGUGCAGGCUUUUCUGAUGUUCAUAAAGCUACAUAGCCUGUCACUCGUACUUCUGGCUGUCCACUCGUUAUCAGCUCUGCAUGUGAUGACCUCCCACGUCCAUUUCAUAUACUUAGUCACCUUAGGAAUACUUUCAAUCUUUGUCUGUUCCCUAACCCACGAUGCUCACAUUUUAUAGCAGCGCCAGUACUUAGCAGGUUCUUAUUCUAUUAUAUAUUUUCGGUUAAUUUCUUAAUUCUUGUAUUCCAUGACCAGAGAUACAUAUAUAAACUUCACUACUGCUCAUCUCACAGUUUUUUAAAUAUUGCUAGUUAUCUCUGAACAGGUUCUUGAGUUCUUAGUUCCUCCUUUGAUGCAUAAACCCGGCGAUAAAAAAAUAUAAAAAAAUGAAAAGGAGUAGAAUCGGAGUAUGGAAAAAGAUAAGGACCAUAAAUUAAAGAAAUAUAUUAGGAGAAGAGAAGAAUCAGAGAAAUGAAGAAAUCAAGGCCAAAAAUAGAGGAAGAAACAUAAUUAAGUCCUUCAAUCCAAAAUGUGGCGACUCACUUAAACUCCAGAGGUGAAAAAUACUGUAUGUCUCAACCUCAUCGCGAUAAACACACAGCAACAAGAGAAUUGGAAAACAGGCAAUAUAAAGUGAAUUUGCCAGUGGAAUAUGGAUUAUGGGACUUUUCCUAUAUCAGAGAAAGUGCAGACCUGUAGAAAGAAAAACCCAAAGAAAGCCAAUGUAUUCAUGAAGCCAACAUAUGCAUCCUAGAACAAUAGUCACCAGCAGU